AUGGUGACGUUGUUAUCUGGAUUAGACACUAUCUCAGAUAUUAACCAGAGUUGGUUUCUUAGACCACGCCAGUGUAGGUGUUGCAACAACAAUACCGAUACCAUGGGAUUGGUGUAUGUAAGCCAUUAUAGAGCAUAUACGAAACGACCACUCACCAGCUAUUAUAUCAAGUAUCCUAUGAAUAACACCUGUAAAAAAUCAGCAUAUGCAUAA